GAAGUGGUUUUGGUUCACAACUCAUCACUCUCAUACGUGUCCUUGUAAUCCUCGCGGGGCCUGAGUCUGCCUGCUUCCGGAUCCAGCCCCGCAAAAGCCAUCGAAGGUCCGACUCUGCAUAGCAUUCGCUCGCGAACACAGGUGUAGAGAGCGUGCGCGCGUGACCGGAAGAAGUAGGAGCAGUGAAGGCGUUGGAGAAGGUGGCCGCCGAGCUUGUGGGACUUCCGAUCAAGGGAGAAUAAAUUUGAUCUUACGUUUGAAGAUGGUGAAUGCGAUCAAAGGUAUAUUAAUUUCCUGUGAUGUUCCGAUGGCGCAGUUCAUUGUGAAUUUGAAUGCUGCUCUACCUGCGUCACAGAAAUUUAUUGUGCACGUCCUUGACGGCACGCACAUGUUUGUGCAGCCUCAUGUAGCGGAAAUGAUACGAAGCAAGAUCGCAGAGUUCAGAGACCAGAAUACCUAUGAGAAGCCGGCUUGAAAAUUCUGGGUUAGAUCUUAAAUUUAUAUCAUUGGCUUUGAUUUUAAUGUUAAAAUAUAACAAGGAUUACUUCAGGAAUUGGAAUAAACUGGUUGAUAAGUGCUAGUAUUUUUUCUUCAGAACCAAUCAUGCUUGGCUGCUCAAUGGUGCAGUUUUCUUGAUAGAGGGAGACUUAUAAAAGAUGUUCUUGUUCUCUGAAAUUCACCAGAUUAAAAAAGGGUUAAGGGCUCGUAAAUAUAUUGAAGGAAAUAAUAAUUUUUUUUUCCUUGGAGUUCUUUUCAUGUCUGACAUUGUAAUCAUUGAAAACCUUGUCAGUUUUUUUUUUUAA